GGUAAUUUGCUUGCGUACAUCGCGCACACACUUGAAAACGGAACCAACUCGUAGUCUCCUCCUCUCCUCAUUCUACCCCGUCAUCUAUUUUUUCUCGCUCUUCUCCAUAACCGCCUGCGUAACUCUGUCAACAUGUCCUCCCGUGUCCAGAUCUACCAGAGCCAGCUGCCGGCGUACAACCGCAUCAAGACGCCGUACGAGGCGGAGCUGAUCGCGACGGUGAAGAAGAUGACGGCGCCCGGCAAGGGCCUGCUCGCCGCCGACGAGUCCAUCGGCUCCUGCACCAAGCGCUUCGACCCCAUCGGUCUGAGCAACACCGAGGAGCACCGCCGCCAGUACCGCGCGCUGAUGCUGGAGGCCGAGGGCUUCGAGCAGUACAUCAGCGGCGUCAUCCUGCACGACGAGACGGUGGGCCAGAAGGCGAGCAACGGCCAGACCUUCCCGGAGUAUCUGACGGCACGCGGUGUGGUGCCCGGCAUCAAGACCGACAUGGGUCUGCACCCCCUGCUGGAGGGUGCGCCUGGCGAGCAGAUGACGGAGGGCCUCGACGGCUACGUGAAGCGCGCGUCUGCCUACUACAAGAAGGGCUGCCGCUUCUGCAAGUGGCGCAACGUGUACAAGAUCCAGAACGGCACCGUGUCGGAGCCGCUUGUGCGCUUCAACGCGGAGACGCUGGCGCGCUACGCGAUCCUGUCGCAGAUGAGCGGCCUCGUGCCGAUCGUGGAGCCGGAGGUGAUGAUCGACGGCACGCACGACAUUGACACGUGCCAGCGCGUGUCGGAGCACGUGUGGCGCGAGGUGGUCGCGGCGCUGCAGCGCCACGGCGUUAUCUGGGAGGGCUGCCUGCUGAAGCCGAACAUGGUGGUGCCCGGCGCGGAGUCCGGCAAGAAGGCGACGCCGGAGCAGGUGGCGCAGUACACCGUGACGACGCUCGCGCGCACGAUGCCGGCGAUGCUGCCCGGCGUGACGUUCCUGUCCGGCGGCCUGAGCGAGGUGCAGGCGACGGAGUACCUGAACGCGAUGAACAACUGCAAGCUGCCGCGCCCCUUCAACCUGAGCUUCUCGUACGCGCGCGCGCUGCAGUCGUCGGCGCUGAAGGCGUGGGGCGGCAAGGACUCCGGCGUUGCCGCUGGCCGCCGCGCCUUCAUGCACCGCGCGAAGAUGAACUCGCUCGCGCAGCUCGGCAAGUACAAGCGCUCCGAUGACGACUCUUCCUCCGGCUCGCUGUACGUGAAGGGCAACACCUACUAA